AAACGUGCAGGAAACUUCCACGACAACUGUUACAGAAACUGAUUGAUUUCAUUCCUAUUGUCAAGACCUUCUGCAGAACAAAGGAUCCUAAAACACUAUCUAUCUGUGCCACUACUGAGUGUCCAACUACUUUUUUGUCUAAUUCUGACCAACAUAUCUAUUAUUUUUAUAUUCUUACAAAUAACAACCUGUUUUUGGGGAAAUACUGUAAUUUUGCUGGAAAGGUGUACCUGUGGUAUCUUUGGCACUUGACAUGCUGUUUUGUAAUGCAGUGAGAUUCAUGCACUAGUAUGUGUCAAAAUAUUUAAGUGUCCAAAUACUUUUGGUUGCACUGUAUGGUUGUAGCUUUGCCUCAUAUUAUAUUCUUCAUCUUUAAUUAGUCUGAAUGUAACCUUGAAGGUGUUCAAUCAUGUACAAGUCCAAACAUUUCCAACUCAGCAUGCCAUCUGUCAGCCCAAAUAUCACCAUGUCCUUGUCCUGUCAUCUUUAUAUAUGCAAUAAUCAUAAAUUCAAGUUCAAAUGGUUAUCAUGAUGAAAAAAAUGAUGUUAUUAUUCUUUGGAAACAUGACGUUUCUAUCAGCAUCACUAUAUAAGCAUCGCCGCUUGCCUCAGCGUGUUACACCAAGCAAGAAGACACUCCUGAUUAAAUGUAAGUGGAAUUUUGGUGAGGUACGACAUAUACCUUUUUUUUUAUUACAUUAAAACAAACAUGCUUUACCUGCAGUGCAGAAAAAUCCAGAACUAUGGCUCAUCAGACUGAAGUGAUGUUGCUUCUUAUUCUCACCACAGCAGCAACAGUCUUUGCUGAUGUGGUGAAUCCUCAGACAGCGGCUGAUUUUGAUCAGAUCGUGAAAGAAUCCAAAGAACGUCGCGUAGACAGCAAAUGUUCCACAUGCUGUCCAAAUGGCUGGGUGAAAUAUGAGAGACGUUGCUUCUUGUAUCAGACCAAAAUGGACUGGGCUUCUGCUGAGAAACGCUGUCUAGAUCUCGGUGCACACUUGGUCUCAAUACACAGCGAAAAAGAACAUCAACUGGUUAAGGCCGUUAUCCGUGCUCAUGACCCCCAUGAGAAUCCAACAUGGAUCGGCCUCAAUGCCUGUCAGAAGAAACAUUACUUUUUUUGGUCUGAUGGCACCAAAUUGACUUUCACCCAGUGGAGUCCAAAUGAACCCAAUUUUGCUCGUGGAGAGUGCUGUGCACAUACAAACUGGGGUUCUGAUAAGAAAUGGAAUGACAUGCAAUGUUAUUUGAACAAUGCCUUUGUGUGUGCCAAGAGUAUUUACUGAAAUGCUCCCAGCUAUAAUACAAUGUCAGAAAGGCUUUCCUUGUCACAAAUGGAUAUCCAAAAUAUAAUUUUCUGACAACUUACCAUAAUUAGAGCAGUAAAAAAAAUGUAAAAAAAAAUAAAUAAAUAAAAUAAAAUUAUUUCAUUAAU